UACGAGCAAAGGAUGGAAAUCUGAAUGAACUGAUCUUUGAAGGCACCAACGUAUACAAAUCGCCCGCUUUCUUCGCUCCGUGCUCUGAUUGGUCAGAUGUCGAUGUUGCCACUGCCGGAGUGUAGUAACAAGCUCGUAGCUCCUCCCCAUUUACCAAAUAUGGACCUACCACGCCCACUACGAGGAAUGUGAUUGGCCAGCGUAUUUCUCUUUCCAAUGUUUGUAAAUUUUAGACUUGGAGAGGGGGGGACACCGCUGUUUGGAUCUCAGCGCGCAAAUGUAUUUUUUAAAGGUUGAUAAACUGUUUUCGUUUGAAUUGUAUUUAAAAAUAACUGUGCACUAGCAACAACGGGUUGGACGAAAAGCUUGACGACGCUUGGGAUAUCAACGAACUGGAUAAGCUGGAAAGCAGAGUAGAAUGGUCCUGAGUGAGAUGGACGCGGGGAAAGCUUUGACGGCGGCAGCAGCCAGAGGGAAUGCCGAUGAGGUGCAGAGGAUCCUGGAGGAAUGCAGAGUUCAUCCCGAUACUCCCAACGAGUUCGGCCGAACCGCGCUGCAGGUGAUGAUGAUGGGAAGCUCUAAAGUAGCAAGAUUGCUGCUGGAAAAGGGAGCUGAACCCAACAUUCAGGACAAACACGGUAUCGCCCCGGUCCAUGACGCAGCGCAGACGGGGUUCCUCGAGACCCUGGAGGUUUUGGUGGAGCACGGGGCUUCUGUUAACCUCCAAGACCAGAACGGCGCCCUCCCCAUCCACAUCGCCAUACGAGAAGGCCACCGGGAGGUGGUGGAGUUCUUAGCUCCCCGCUCAGACCUGAAACAUGCAAACGUCAGCGGUCAAACAGCAAUAGACGUCGCUCGAGCUCUGGGUGAGCUGGAUAUGAUGAACUCGCUCUUUGCUCACAUUCACAGUUAGAAGAAUGAACCAUCUGUGAAUUGAACCUCACUUUUUUUAAGUUUUGCAUUGUUCCUGGUGACUUGAAUACAUGAAUUUGUUCUUGGUGGCUGAGCAUUAAAAUGUGACGGGGCGUAUUGUCUUGGCAGCUUCUUUUCAUUGGAUUGGUGGCUAUAUACUGUAGACACCUUAUGCACAGUGCAGUUUAGGCACCUUAUAUUUACAUUCUUUCCCUAUUCAUUGGGAGUGCACAGUUGUAGUUAGUUGUCCUCCAGUGUUAUGUGAUUUUUACAUCUUUUCUGUUGCGUGCAUGAGUUAUAACAGUUCUUACACAUGUUUUUGUUUUGUAAUUUACAAAAAUGAUAAGGUGCACCCUGAUUGCUUUGCAUAGUUGUGUUUUUCUUAAUUAGAUGUACUUAGACUUUGAAUUUGCUCUUAUUUAUUUUUGGAAUAGGAAUUCAUAUUCCUGUGACUUUGUAAAUGGUGACAUUUAAUGUGAUUUGUUGAAAUGUUAUUUAUAUAAAUACUUUUAAGACAAAAGUGAGAUUAUUCACUUAAAUAUGAA